AAUCAGGACAUAUAUAUAGUUAAAGUUGAAUGGAGGUUUAGGGUUCGUUGGGCUUGCUUAGUUUUUCAUCAGUUGAGAAGCAAAUUCCUCAGCUAAAAAUGCCUAAGCAAAUCCACGAGAUCAAGGAUUUCCUUCUCACUGCCAGAAGGAAGGAUGCUCGAUCUGUGAAAAUCAAGAGGAGCAAAGAUGUUGUCAAGUUCAAGGUCCGCUGCUCUAAGUACCUCUACACCCUUUGUGUGUUUGAUUCAGAGAAGGCCGACAAGUUGAAGCAGUCUCUUCCCCCAGGUUUGAGCGUUCAAGACCUGUGAAUGCAGGCCAGAGCAAGAAGCUUGUUCAUUGUUUACUAGGAGAUGAGCACUAGAUUUUACAUUUAUGUUUUGCUGAAGUACUGUGUAACUGCAAUAUGCUUGGUGUUUUCUUCAUCGUUAUUUUUAGGUGAAUGUGAGUGACCGCCAGUUGAUAUUAUGGGAAUUUAAACUUGAUUUACUGUUUGCAGCUUUUGUCCAAUUAACAUUUGUUUGGCCAAAUGCAUUAAGAAGUUUUGACAAAAUGGCCUUGCCGAUUAACUGAAAUGGUGAUGCGCUGGCAUUUGUUUCA